AUGCAUGAAUAUUCGGAUGUCGAAGUUAUACCAUUGGAUGGACCACAAUCAAAAGAUCGAAAAGAAACUAAAAAUACUUUAUCAAUAAAGAAGAAUUCUGAAAAAUCUUAUUCUAUUCUUGUUAAAGGAGAUUCAUCAAAUGUACCGACAAUUUCUGUAGAUGAAUCAGUUGAACAUCUUCGAUCUGGUUCAUCAGGAAUUAUUAUUAGUUUACCGAAACAAAAACAUCUUUCAUAUUUAGUUAAAUUCUCUAGUUCAGAAGAUGCACUCAAUUUCAAUAAAGUUCUUGGAUUAAUUAAAUCUGGUAAAGAUCUCGAUGAUAAUGGAAAUUCUCAAUUUAAUGAACGAACAGAAGACGCAUCAGCAGAACAAUAUUUUCAAUUUUAUGGUUAUUUAUCUCAACAACAAAAUAUGAUGCAAGAUUAUAUUCGUACAUCAACAUAUCAACGAGCUAUUCUUGAUAAUUCUGUUGAUUUUGCUGGCAAAGUUGUUCUUGAUGUUGGUGCUGGUUCAGGUAUUCUUUCAUUUUUUGCUGCUCAAGCUGGUGCACGUAAAGUCUAUGCUGUUGAAGCAAGUACUAUGGCUGAACAUGCUAAGAUUCUUAUUGAAAAUAACCAUUUAAGCAAUCGUAUUCAAAUCGUACCUGGUAAAAUUGAAGAAAUUGAAUUACCAGAAAUGGUCGAUGUUAUUAUAUCGGAACCAAUGGGUUAUAUGUUAUAUAAUGAACGUAUGUUAGAAUCAUACAUUCAUGCAAAAAAAUUCCUUAAACCAAAUGGUAAAAUGUUUCCAACAACAGGUGAUCUUUAUGUAACACCAUUUACUGAUGAAGCUUUAUUUAUGGAACAAGUUGGUAAAGCAAAUUUUUGGUAUCAACAAUCAUUUUAUGGUGUUGAUUUAACAACAUUACGUGAUGCUGCCAUCGAUGAAUAUUUUAAACAACCAAUUGUUGAUAAUUUUGAUGUCCGAAUUUGUUUAGCUAAACCAAUUAAAUAUACAGUCGAUUUUUUAAAAGCAGCUGAAGAAGAUUUAUAUGAAAUGAAUAUUCCAGUAUCAUUUGAAAUGACAACAACAGCUGUUGUACAUGGUUUAGCAUUUUGGUUUGAUGUUUCAUUUGAUGGAACAAGUUCUCAAGUAUGGUUAUCAACGGCACCAACUCAACCAUUAACACAUUGGUAUCAAGUUCGUUGUUUAUUUGUUAAACCACUUACAGUUAAUCAAGGACAAACGAUUAGUGGACAUACUAUAUUAAAAGCAAAUCGAAAACAAAGUUAUGAUGUGGAAAUGCGUCUUGAAAUUGAAGGAACAAAUAUAUCUGUUGAAAAUAUACUUGAUCUUAAAAAUCCAUAUUUUAGAUAUCCAAAUGCACCGGUGCAAGUUCCACCUGGACAAUUUCAUGAAUCACCAACUGAACAAUAUUGGAAUGGAUUACCAAAUGAAACAGGUGCUGGUGUUCAUCCAAAUGCAAAUCCAUAUUCACAAAAUUGUAAUAUCAAUAAUAAUUUAAAUUCAAGUGGUGACUAUGAUGGAAGUUUAUUGAACAAUAUUGCUUCGACAUUCCAACCAAAUGCACAUCGUUAUCCUCUACCAUUUAUACCACCUUCUUCUAAUCAUUCUGAUAAAUCCAAUACAUUUUCAUCGAUAAAUUCUCAAAUACCAAAUGGAUUUAAUUCAUUUACUGGUGUAACAAAUGCAAAUCUUAUUUCUCAACAGUCAAAUAAAAAAACAUAA